AUGGCUUCCUCGUCUUCGCUCUCGACUUCGAAUGGGACUGCCGAUGUCAAGUCGUUGACGCUGGACGAGUAUCUGGUGCAGGCCAAGCAGAAUGCGUCUGCCCAUCUCAAAGCCGGAUCAAGCUCACAGGGCAGGCUCACGUUAAUCAUGGGCAACGAGGCGGGUGAUCUCGACUCCGCUGCCUGUGCGAUUGGGCUGAGCUAUCUCCUGUCGCGGUAUGGACCUCCCUCGGGCUACAAGCUCCCCCCAUCAACGUACGUACCGUUGAUACAGAGCAUGCACACGGACGAUGUGCUUCGACCGGAGAACACGGCUGCCUUCCGCGCGGCGGGCAUCAACCCUGAGCACAUCUUCUACCUCGAUGACGUACAACAGACGCUGGGGUUGCAGCUCGACUCCGAUGCUUUCGCGCCAUCGGCGAAUGUCGCGAUCGGUCUGGUGGAUCACCCUUCCCUAACAGGACCGUGGGGCGGAGCAAGGGCAGCGAACCGUCAGGUGGACAUCGUCAUUGACCACCACGAGGAUGUUGGCGACCACGCGAAUGCGGCGCUGAGGAUCGUCAAGUCGCCUUCGAAGGAUCCAGUGGGGAGCUGCAGCAGUAUGGUCGCCGAAUUGUUUGCAGAGCAUUUCGGGAAGUCGGUUCCAGCCGACGCGGGGAUGCGCGAGGUGGCAGAUCUCUUAAUCAGCGCCAUCAUCAUCGAUACGGACAACCUUCGAGGCGCCCCACGAGGCAAAGCGACUCAAGCUGAUUACGAUGCGAUCAAAACGCUCUUCCCGGCCUCGUCCUUUGGCAACCCAGCCACGUCGGAUCAGAUUCGACAGACUGCUCUCUCCUUCUCCCCUCUCAACAACACACAAGACUCCAAAGGACCAUCGAUAGACCCGAUCCAACCGAUCAGCCCGUCAGAAGACACCGACUCGUCGACGCAGAGUGCCAAGAUUGUCCUCGCACCCUACUGGCAGGUGCUCUCGCAGUCCAAGCAGGCGGUCUCGCAUCUGAGCGGGCGUGAUCUGCUGCGUCGUGACUACAAAGAACUCGAUUUCACCCAUCCCGAAGGCUCGGAUGCCGCUCACGCCGAGAUUGCGCUCAAGCUGGGCUUCGCCAGUGUGCCCAUCAGCCUCGUCGAGUGGCUGCACAAGGACCGUCCCACGCCGCGACUCACCGACGCGGCGCACCCGAAGCAGGAAGUCAAAGAGGCGUGGGCGGCGUGGUGGAAGGUGUUGGACGAGUUUAUGGCGGAGCGCAAGAUCGACAUAGCCGUCAUGACAGGCUCGUUCCGAGUGCCGGAGGGCGAGGUGAAUGCUGGCAAGCACAAACGAGAGCUGGUGCUGGCGUUCGCACCGCGCACUAUGCAAGCGAGCAAGGCUUCGGCGCUGUGGGAAGAGCUGAGACGCGGACUGGAGGCGGAUGCACACGUCGCAGCGGACCAAGUGGAUCGAAGACUGAUGCUCGAAGAGCCGUGGAAGGGACAGAGACUGCCAGAGAGCGCAGGUGGCAAGAAGGAGCGCGUCAAGGGCAUUGACAGUGAAGGCAAGAGGGAAGACAACUCGACCGCGGAAAAGCCGAGAUGGGCCAAGGUGUAUCAGCAGGCCAACGCAAGGGCCAACCGAAAGAUUGUGUUGCCCGCCGUCACUACCAUCCUCAAAGCGGCGGUGAGGAAGUUGUAA